CGGAGCUGUCCAGGUGCGGUGCCCGAUGCCCGAAGCGUGGCUCCCUCCGAUUGGUCAACCUUAGCUUCUCUUUUCCAAUCAAAUGGCUCCGCGGGCCCCUCUCACACAGGACCGCCCCUUUGCCUGGGAAGCUUUGGCCUCCAAGUGAAACGACCCAAUGAACGUCAGCACAGAACACAUCCUCCCUUUUGGAGAGGUCGCAGAGGAACCACUUCCGGAUCCUCGAGCGCGUUUAUUCCGUGACCAGGGGAAACGGUAGUCAUGGCAACGGUUCUUCACUCUUUCCUGGUCUACCGUGGGUUCACGGUGGGAAUGAUUCCAGCGCGACUUUUCGCCGUCAGCUUUCUCUCUGGCAGUGCUUCUGGGGAAAGAGAAACACGUGAGAGGUUGAAAAUCGCCAGAGCACUUUUUAGAUGGGGUGGUGAGAAACUACAGUUACCGGCAUGCAACGCACAGGGGGGUGGGGGGAGGUACACUGUAUUGAAUGCUGGGAAUCGUAGUCUUCGGACUUCGGGCCAGCUGCGUAGCUUGGCUCUUCCGCAUUUCCCAACGUGUCUUUGCGGGAAUUCGGUGCUGCGUGGUUUAGAAUUUACGUCCCGUUCUGUUUGUAGUCGAUGUCUGUACUUAUUCCAGGACUCUCCACUGUAUCACAGCCUGUAGAAACAGGCCCGGAGAGCCCCGACACCCUGGCCAAAGCCGCCCAGUGUUCGGGGGUCGGCCUUUCCGAGUCGGGGUUCCACUUCUGGUCGGUAAAUACGAAUCUGCCUCCUCCGGCAUCAUUUGAGCCGCCGGAGCCUUCUCUGCGUUCCGUGGCCAGAGCCUGUGGCCUCCCUGGUUCGGUUUGUAGAAGAGGAGAGUGGGGCUUCUUUUUUUCCUUUGAGGAAAAUUUAGAACAACUUCGAUGCCCUCAACUCACUCCUAAAGCUCAAAGGCGGUGACCAGCGGCCCUAGAAUCCCUACCAUAAGCCAGAAUGCAGGUUCCUGUGGCAUAGGAAUCAGCAAGUACUUGGAGGGGAAAAGCAAGAGAGAAUGUGGGGCUCACUUCUCAACACUUCCUUUCUUUCUGGAGUCUUGUCUUCUCAAAUCCUGGUUGCCUGGGUAGCCAUCUGAUGCCUUUAAUCCUAACUUAAACUGAAUUUUCAACUCUGAUCUGUCCAUUGGUUGGCACCUCUCAUCGUCGGGAAAGUUUUCAGAGUGUUUGUAGCAAACACAAUUAGGAGGAAUUCUUAGAAGCAGCGGAGGUUGGCAACUGUGCCAGGAUAAUUGUUACAUUUUAAACGCGAUGUCAUCCCCUGAGCAAAGUGAAAUGAGCCAGAAGGCACAUGUAGACAGGUAUGCCCAAUUUAUUUUAAAGCCCCAGAAACCCAUUCAGCCUUACAUCUGCUCGACUCUGAGUGAUUUUCAAGAAGAGAGAGACUUUCUGGCCGACUACAUCUUUCCUCAGCUUAACGAAGUCUGCAAUUCCCAGGCCACAUAUUUCAAAGCCAUGGACCUGAGGUGGUCAGCGUUGAAGGCCCCGCCACCCUCACCCUCCAAGCUGUUCAGACAGCAUUCUUGUCUCCACUCCCAGUAUCUGAAGCUCUGUCUCGACUAUGUGAACAGCUGCUUUCCUUUCUUCAUCUGCAUGCUGGGUCAGACGUACGGGGACUUCCUCCCUGACCGUGUGCCUCUAAUGCUCUCCAGAGUGACUGACUUGUUCAGUUUAUCCAUGGUAGAACAGAACCUCUACGUUGCUGCAAAAAAUGGUUAUCCUUGGGUCCUGGAGAAUCCCAACUACAGUUUGAUGGAGUUUGAGGUCAUCCAAGCAGCAUUUCUGAAUGAGUCUCCAUUUCAGUAUUUUUACUUUAGGACUGGAACCACGUUGCUGGAGACUUUAGAUGAGGAAAAGGAGGGGCUGUCCUCGGGAUCUCUGCUGACUGAUGAGGAAAAAUUAAGGAUUGGAAAGCUUAAGGCCAAGAUUAUUAGCAAAGGGUUCCGUGUCCGAUUUUAUAAAGAUCUCCAUGAGUUGGGGGACCUGGUUUUCAAGGACUGGUCAGUUGUGAUAGAACAACUUUACCCAGCCACUUUAAUGAUCGGAAAUAUAGACUACAAACACAACUGUGAACGUUUCUAUCAUGAAGAGUUCGUGGAGAAGUGCAAAGGUGUUAUUUCCAAGGAAUCAAACAGAACCUUUGAAAUCUUGGAAAGAUUUGCCUUACAGGAUGUGGGAUCUGAUCGUAACAGUGCUGCAGCGGGCUCUGGGUUAGAUGCUGUCCUCAGAAUAAAUCCUCUUCCAGUUGACAAGUCUAUUUUGCUCUUGUCUGGAGAACGUGGUUGUGGGAAGUCCACUCUGAUCGCCAACUGGGUGAAUUAUUUCAAAAAGAAAUAUCCGAGCAUGUUGGUGAUCCCUCAUUUUGUGGGCAGCACCUGUGAAAGCAGUGACAUCAUGUCCGUGAUGCAUCGCUUCAUCACAGAAGUGCAGUUCAAAAACUAUGGUACUCAGCUUGAAACUGAUGUUCUUAAUGAAGGCUCAAAUGUCUUAGUCUUUUCACUUCUUGUGGAAGUUUUCAUUGCUUCCAACAAUUUAAAGCCAUGCAUACUUGUCCUAGAUGGAAUUGAAGAAUUGAUUGGCAUUUAUGGGAUUUUAGGACAGAAGGCAAAAGAUUUUUCUUGGCUGCCAUGCUCGCUGCCUCCUCAUUGCAAAUUCAUCAUGAGCACUGUCUCCUCCAGCCUCUCCUACAAGUUGCUAUGUGCUCGCCCAGAUGUGAGGACAGUGGAGUUCAUUAGCAUAGGAGACAAAGAAGUGAAACGAAACAUCUUUAGACAGCAUCUCUCCAUUCCCAACAAAGACCCCCUCCAACAGAGCCAAUCCACUUUGAGGAAAAAAACAAACCUGAAUCCUUUAAAACUCACGAUCCUAGCGAAUGAACUCAGAGAACGUAGAAUCUACCGAGGUGAGUAUCAGUGUCUGAAGGAGUACUUGGAGGUGGUGUCUGUUCAGGAGCUCUGGGAAUUGAUUCUGAAACGCUGGAUUGAGGACUAUAGCUGGACUUUUACACCAAAAAAGGCAAAUUCAGACACGGUGGCUUUAGGAGAAGCACCGGAUGGCUGGGUGGCUGACACUCUGUGCUUUUUGAGCAUCUCACAUUAUGGAUUGGCCGAGGAUGAGAUAUUCCAGCUUUUGGACAUGCAGGGCUACAGGGAUCACUACAAAGUGACCAUGUUGCACUGGGCUGCCUUCCGCAAUGCCAGCAGACAGUGGGUCCAGGAGAAGCCCAAUGGCCUCCUGUACUUCAGGCACCAGUCCCUGCGGAGUGCUGUGGAGCACAAGCUUCUUGGUGUGGUCACUCCUGUCAGAGAAAGCCGUCCAUAUACCUUUCAGAACCCAACAAAUCACAAGAAGACACAUUUCCACCAGAUCUUAGUUCGAUACUUCCAACGGCAAACCACUUUCUGGAGGGUAUUUGAGGAGCUGCCGUGGCAUUUGAAAAUGAGUGGCUCCUGGGGGAGUUUGUGCAGCUUUCUGUCAAGUCCUAGUAUCACAGAUUCUGUAUCGAAGAUCCAAAACCUGAGCUUCUGGACAUGGCUGCACCUCAUCCACUACUGGAAUGUGUUAGCAGAAGUCGGAUAUGAUGCUGCUGGGGCCUAUUUACUCACAGUGGCCAAGGUUAAAGCUGAGAAGUGCCAUAAAAUGAGGAAGAGACAUACACUGUCAGUGCUGGAAUGCAGGCUUUUUGAGGUUACCACCAUGGACAAAUGCCAAUUAAUGUUCUUUAUUGUGAAAUUUCUGAAGCUUAUGGGCAAGAUCAAUGAAGCAGAAGGAUUAUUCUUGACUGUCGAGAACAUGUUAGUGCAGACUCAGUCCCUGACAGAGAUGCUUCCCAAAGUACAGAAUGCUACUGGAGAACUCUAUCUUGAAGUAGGGAUGACUCAGGAGGAGUUCCAGUGUUUCCAGAGAGCAUGGUCGAACCUGAUGGAUAUUUCCCCCAGCGACGUGAAAGACGGCCAGGACUUAGUGAAGCAAAAAGGCAGAGUGCUGAACAACCUGGUAAAGUCAGCAAGUGAAAAGUACUUAAAAGAAAAUCAUAUUUUGGAAUGUGCUACUGAAAUUUCCAGCUUUUUGGACAACAACCCCUGUGACCAGGCUACCGUGAAAUACACCGAAGGUGUUCUGAUAUUUGCUGCUGGAGACACAUCUCUUGCAAAAAUGAGACUUCAAGAAUGCUUAAAUAUCAGGAGAAGUUUGUUUGGUGAGAAAAAUAUCCUACUUGGAGAAAUUAUGGAAUUUUUAGCAGAUUUACUAUCUUUUCUACCAGAAGAGAGUGAAAGAUGCCAAAGGAAGCAAGCAAUUGAAUAUUAUAAACAAGUGAUACGAAUAAAGGAAAAUGCAGGGACUUUCACCAAUUUCAUCGUCAGGAAGCAGCUGAGCAUUAGCCUAAGUGACACCUUGUGUAAAUUAGCAGGUCAGUUAUUCAUAAAUGACUCCGGUCAUCACGUCAUGACUGAAGCAGUGGGCUAUUUGUACAGAUCACUUGACUUAAGGGUGACCUACCUGGGAUCUUCUCAUUCAUCAAUCCAUGGAAUCCUGCAACUUCUGAGGGAAAUUGAGCGGAUCAGGAGUAGAAGAUGUUGGCCUCAACGCAUGAGUCAGCAAUAUUUCGAGGGUUCUAGGAAUGGCACCUCAUUAUGGGAGUACUUGCUUAAAUUAGACUACCACAGUGCUCAGAGUUCUAAUACAGUGAGCUCUGCGAUAUGCAUGAAUGCACAUAACCUACAGAGAGUUAAAAGCAUGGACUUGGCACCUCAUAUAAUUUCAGAGAAAUCAAAAUGCGCUUCUGGAAAAGGGAAAAAAGUCUUGAGACCCAUCGUUUCCAUUUCUGUUGAGGAGAAGACCCGACAGAAGACACAGGAUAAUGUGGAGCCAUGGAAUGGCCCAGAAAAAGGAGGUUCAAUGAAAAAGAAAGAUUAUUCCUCUAAGGUUUUAUCUUUGGGUAAAAUGGAUGGUGUAGUAAAGCUUUCACGGCAAAAGGUUUUCUCAGCUAAAGGUGAGGGUGGAAAAGGCCAAAUCACCACAAUUUACCGGCAUCCCUUGGCAGGAGGGUCUCUUAGCACAAAUAAUCCCUGGGAAUCCAUAUCUGAGUUCAUAUCAGAAAAGUGGCUUUUUCAUAGCCCAGAAUACAGUUCGGUUCCCCAGAAGAGUUUUUUGCAGAGAAGAUCUCAGUUUGAAACCAAAUUGUUGAAGACCUCAAAUGAUACUAAUAAAGUAUAAAAAUGA